AUCGCAGGCUUACAACGAGACUCCGAGAAAGCGAUUCAUGUCAGUCUAAUUCUGCCUAUGCAACAGUUCACUUGAGAUUAUAAAUAAAGCUUUAUGAGAUUAGUAGCCAAUAAUAAACAGAUAGCGAUUUCAGCCUGCAGCUAACCAAUUUGUUCAGUGAACGCGAGGCGGUUGUGUUUGUGCUGCUAAUAUUUAUUUUCCCGGUGCGCAAUUGGAUUCGUUGAUUUGAAGCGCAAAUGAGUUCGAUGGAGCCUGCAGCGCUUGAGGAUGAGCAGUACGUGGACGUGAGCUCGCUGCCGCUGAGGCCGCCGCAGCCGCUGCUGAAGCCUGAGAAGGCAGCGCGCCGGCCCUGGCACCCCGUCAUGUGGGACAGCUCUAUCGAAGGCAUCCCGCCGCCAGACCACACCGAGUCCGAUGAGCCCAAGCAAGGAUCCGAGUACCCACACAAGCAGCGCAUCCGCAACCUGCGCCGGCUCAUCGCGGACGGCAAGGUCAAGCCCACGUCGGAGACUCUCAUCUUCUUCCUAUGCAACAAGUUCGCCAUAUCCGAUGAACGACAAAAUAAAAUAUCUGUGUAAACUGGCUUUAAUCGUUAACGUUUGUUAUUGUAUGUAAUCAGAUGCAACAUUGUAUAGUAUUAAUAAUAACCAGCCUAUGUAAUCCACAUUUAUAUUUAUGUACUAAUUUAAGAUAGGGUAAAUAGAAAAAAUAAUUUUGUAAAAAUCUAGCCUUGUAACUUUAAUUCUUUCUUAAUCAUAAGAAAUGCAGUUUAUUGCAGUACCCUCUAAUGUCAACAUAAAUAAUUAAUUAUUUAAUUUUACAUAGAUCCCAGUAUGUACAAAACUUUACGUGAAUAUCUGACAAGUCUGACGCGCACACAAGUAUCAUACACGCGUUCGGCACAUCGCUCUACGCUUCGAUCGAAUCGCGACGCUCUACGAUCAAACAACGCAUAA